AUGACGAACUGUUGGAAGCUCCUGUUUGGAAUCUUGCAGGAGUGCGAUUAUCCAUCGACAGACAACGUAUAUAUGGUGGACGACAAUAAAUACACGACGAAAGAUGACGCGGUAGACGACCCUACACUGACCGUGAGGCCAAAAAUUGUAUGUGCUAUUAGUGAGCUCCGUGAUCAACAACCGACGACGACGACAUUGACUUCGAGCAAAAGUGAUGGCGACGGGUUGGAGCCAGCGACAACUACGAUCCAAGUAAAGUCAGCGGUGACUGAACAGCUUGAUUCUUACGUGGCACCGGUUAGAAUCCAGCUGUUAGAUGCACUGGCUGAUGUUAACGAUUUUGUUCCGGACGAGGCAACCGAAAGCACGACCAUAGUUCCUAUAGUCGUGGACAAAAGUGAUGGCGACGGGUUGGAGUCAGCGAUGACUACGACCCAAGUAAAGUCAGCGGUGACUGAACAGCUUGAUUCUUACGUGGCACCGGUUAGAAUCCAGCUGUUAGAUGCACUGGCUGAUGUUAACGAUUUUGUUCCGGACGAGGCAACCGAAAGCACGACCAUAGUUCCUAUAGCCGUGGCCAAAAGUGAUGGCGAUGGGUUGGAGCCAGCGACGACUGCGGUCCAAGCAAAGUCAGCAGCAGCAGAAAAACCCCGGCAAGGUCGUCGUAGAUCGUUCUUAUCGGCAGUGGGGAGGCGGCUCCUCAAGUUCGGGAGGACGUUAUGCUGCUGUUGCUGUUGCAAAUAGUGUGGUAGGUACACCGAUACCGCCAUAUGGUGCGCUCGAUUGCAUCUGUGAGAUGACAACGAGUUGAGAAGACAAGAGGGAUGCAAAAAGAGAUGUUGACUGGUGUCAUCAAUCCAAAAUUUAAGUUUAUAAUUUAUUAAAAUUCAUUUUGUUUAAUUUUCGUUUUGUUGAAAAACUUUAAUAUUAUAAUGAUUGUUAAUUUGCUCAUAUUAUCAAAUAAACAAUGAAGCAUAACAUAUGUAAAUAUUAAUUAUACAUGUAAAUUUUUACUUCGAAUACCGUCAAAUUUUUUUCUGAUUGUUAUAAAAAAUAAAAAUGUGAGAAAUAAAAAAAAAUGUACAUAAUCAUAAGUAAUAACAAUAAAACAAAUAAUAUAAUUUAAUGUGUACAUUCGUCUUGAACACUAAUUACUUUAUAUUUUUAUGAUUAUUAUAUUUAUAAGUCGUAUUUUAUUGUUGAAUAAGGCCUAACACGGGAGAUACCGGACAAAUAGAACCAUGACAGAGGUAUAGCUAAAUUGCCUAUCCAUAACGCCGUGUAAUCAUAACAAUAAUAUUGAAAUACACGAAGAAAAAAAACUAACGGCAUUACAGAAGAAGAUAAAAGUACAACAAUAUUUUUAGACAAUUUGAUUUACAAAAAAUUUUUUAUCGUGGAAGCCCAUGCAGU